GGUGGGUGGGUGAAUACAGGAACGGGAUAAAUAAGCCAUGUCGAGUAAUAAUCUAUAGUUAAGAAAGACUAGUUUUGCAUGAAGAAACCGGAACGAAACAAGAUGUAAGUGUGAGUAUGAUCCCUUGAACCUCUCAGGAGAGCUGGGUUUUCGCCAGCAACUGUACUUGAAGACGAACUUUUCUAUGGCUUUCUAUUCUAAAAAGCAUGACAUCCUGCUUAUGUAUUUUAAAGAAAAGAAAGGAGAGAUGGAAGGUCUAAAUAUACACGAACAAAGAUAAAGGAAGGCAGUAGGGCUUACGUAGAUUAGAAUGGUAUAUGCACAUUAAUGAAUCAAUUAAUUAAAUAAAUACGAUGGAUUGUUUUCUUGAAUCCACCCCCUUUGGACGCAACAAAAGCGGGUCGGGGCACCGAAUCGCUGAGGGAUGGCAACUCGUGCGCCGUGCAGGCGCGCAUCGGCGUAGAUGAAGCGCGAGAUAAGAGAGGGAAUCUAUACGUGAGCCCUUCUUCUCGCUCUAGCUGCUCCUUCCGUUCACGCCCAACCAAAACGAGUUCUCAACCGAACCCUAGCCGCCGCACCUUGCCGCCGCACCACAGCCUCCGCACCACAGCCGCCACACUCAAAACACCAUGGAUCGAACUGCUCCCGUCGUCGCUGUUGCAGAGGCUGUUGAUGCCGCUCGUGCCGCCGCUGUUGCUGCGGCGGAGGCAAGAUGCGCGGCUGUGGUGGCUGAGAAGGAGGCUCGAGCGGCGGUCCAAUCUGCGACAAUUGCCGCCGAUAAGGUUGGACUAGCUGUCGAAGCUGUCAAGUAUCGAAGAUUUGUCGAAGAAAACUCCCUGGAACAUGUUGAUUUAAAGUAUCACAUUAGCGUAAAGAACUCACUACGAUAUGCCAUUCAAGAGAUGAGGAGGCAAUCUUCACUGUUACGUACCAUUAAUGGGUUGUGUUGUAGUAUCCCAGAAGUUGAAGGGGGUAAGGUUGGAAAGCUAGCUGGCCAUUUGAAGGAAGUCUGCAAGGGCCUCGAGAAGACUUCAAGUAUAUGUCAAGAAGAUCUGGAGAAUAAAUGUCCUGGUUGGGACCUUCACAAUCCCCCUUCAGAUGUUGAAGACAACAGCCACCCUUCUGAUGUUGAGGACGCAAUGGAUGGUUACGUGUCAGAAGAUCCGGAGUUGUGGCAAAUGGUGUUUGAUGACCUGCAGUGGGAGGAGAAUAAAGUGGCUGUCUCUUUGGCCGAGCAUUGUCGUAUUAUGGGCUACGACUAUGACCAGAUGUUUGAUCGUACUAUUUGAGUUGUCAAGACUAUUAGUAUGCAGACUUUUGUGAUGUCAAGACAUUCUGUUUCUGUCUUGACAUAAUGUUAUGAACUUUUAAUCUGGUCAUAUGGCAGUGUUUAUGUAAGACUCUCUAUGUGGUUGUAACAGAUUUUGUGGUCAUGAGAUGUGAUGUCAAGACAUUCUGUUCUAUCUAUGCCCAGAUUCCUAGUUGUA